GUGCUGCGCGGGCGCGUUGGUUCAAACGCGAUGGCGGCUGAGGCAGCUCAGGGCUGAGGGGGAGGGACGUCCGCCCGGCCCCUUCGCUCUCCCGCUACUGCCUUGGCAGGAUGUCUGCGCACAGGAGAAACCCCGGCACCGCGGCGGCGGGCGGACAAGCGCCUGUAGCUAAGCGGAAAGGAGGAAGAACGGUGCAGUCUCGUUACCUGCAGUACGACAAGAAGAACACCGAGAAGGGUGCUUCAGCAAGUUCCUCUUCAUUGUGUGCUGCCCCACCAUCUUCUGCAGCUAAACCAAAAUCAGUUCUUUCUCAGAAACAUGAAGCUUCUGUUGGUGUUGGCCGUAGCUUAAGUCAGAGUAUCUUUGAGAAUGGUGACUUGCAGUCCACCUUAUUAGAUGAAGAAAAAAUUAAAAGACCGGACCUUGAUCUCUCAGCUAUUAAUGAUAAAACUGUCCACAAGAAGAGUGAUUGUUCAGAAUCAGCUGAAGAAGGAGAUGCAUGGACACAGACAGAGAAAACUGGAGCAGAAACUGAUUCCAGUGAUUCAAUGACAGAGCUGGAAUCUGAGACACUACUUUUAACUUACUUAAGAAUAGAGACAGGAAAAAAUCUUGCCAAGCUGGAGGAAAAAGCAGAAAAAAACUUGAUGAUGUUGUCUGAAGAAAAGCAGAGACAACAGGAGAAGCUCUUGGAGUUGAAACGUGAAAUUCUGCUUAAAGAGAGACAGCGGAAGCUCAGUGAAGCAUUAGACAAACAGAUUGAAGUGCUGUCUCCCCUCGUUCCUGUCUGUGAACAGUUUCAAAAGCAAUAUAAAAGCUUUGCAGCUUCCCUGGAUGCCACUAGGCAUGAAUUACCCAUAAAGAACAUUCACAUAGAAGGAGAUAAGCAAGCGUAUCUUGAUGAACUGGGAAAGCAAUUAAAGAUCACACGGGAGCUUCUGACAGAAAUUAUGCCAAGCCACUCAGAAGACUGUGCAAAAGCACUUACUGCACUGAAAGAGCUUAAAGAAGUGUCUCAGAAACUGGAUAAAGAGCUUCAAAGGAGCUCCAGAGAAGUGCAGAACCUGUCAUUUGAAGUCAGUAAAGAAGUUUCUCUGCAUAACCAAAGUGCAUGUGAAGAGAAGCACGGGCUAGAUGUUAUGAAAUGCUGGCUAAUGAGAAUUUAUUGGAUUACUGCAGUCUUCCCUGCCUCAGAGUAAAUACCACUUUGUUGGAGAUCCGGAAAUUCAUCCUGAAUAUGAUAAACAAACUGCUGACUGGGCUGGGACUGCCAGGACAUGAAAAGAGUUCCAGAGCGGCAGAAGAUCUAAUAGCUCUGAAAUGCACCACCGAGCCACACCAAUUAAGAGCAUUUCCAGUGAUUAAGUGAGCGUUCCUGCUCAACUCAGGAAUGGUUUUGGGUUGUUUCUUCCACUGCAUUUGUGUGUGGCCUGCAAAGCAAGCACAAGAGAUGCCUGUUUUCCUGGAAGGAGGAUCAGUCUGGUUUCCACCACUGUGGACUGAUGCAUUCUCUGUUAAGCCUUUAUCCUGGGGAGCUUCCAAGAGUGUGGCAAAGCCUGGGACAUUUGUUUUGCAGUUAUCGGUUUCUGUAUUUGCUAUCUCUGUUUGGCUGUCCCAGAAACACAAAGGGAGAACUAAACUGGGAGUUAAAGAAUGAGUGUGGCUUUUUUACCAUGAAUAUAAUACUAUAAAAAUUAAUUAAGGCUUUAUUCUUGUCUGGUGCUAUGUAAUGACUGAGACAAACGUUCUUCCAUUGGGAAGUGGGGACAAAUGAUUCUAGAAACUGAGGACUUGUUCUUUAUUUCUCGCCCACCUUCUACUGAAAUCUAGUGCUUACAGGACUUAACACAAAGCUGAAUAAGUAAUAGCCUUGGGUUUAGUACAGUAUCUUUUCUGUGCACAAUUUACAUAUAUACUCUCAAAAUCUUUAAAUAAGUGAGUACUACCUUUUAUAGAUCUGAUUUGAUCAUCUAUGUGGCAGGUUGGUGACAGCAGUUAUGCUGAGGCAAUUAACAAGGGCUAAUUAUUAAUGGGGUGGUCCUACCACUUGAUUCUUGGGAGUAAUCUCACUGAUUUGAAUUUUGCAGUUUGAGGGGGGAUCCAAAAGGAUUCACAGCACUCAAAAAUUAACAUUUUUUGUUUGACAAAUGUCUGUCUGAUAAUUUUCACAUUGCAUAGUUUAUUUAUGAGGUAGAUGGGACAUCGGGGCUAUAAUUUCUUCUGUAGAGAAGUGACAAGAUUGUACAAGGGGUCAGGAUGUAAAUUAGAUCUAGUCAGAACCCAUAUAGGUGUAUUCGCACCUUCUUCUCCUAACUGCUGUCCCUCCCUCACCUUUCUGACAGCAGUAUGGCCCCACAUGUUUUCAAGUGCCUGAGAUUCCUCAAACUUCAUGAGGAGCAGAAUUACGCAUUCAGUAAAUGAAUAAAAAUCCUAGCUAUGCACAGUGGGUGAAUAUGGCCCAUG